AACACUCAUGUCCUGUUUCUUACGGGAUCGUGCAGCUUCGCAGCGUUAACGAUGUCGGUAGCACGGACGAGUGGUUGAGUGUGUUUAGUGUUAAAACAAGCCGAAACAACUAAGGCAAUUUGUCAGUAUAUAUUUACAUUAAUUGUGUGGAAUAUCCUUAACAUCAAAAACAAUAUGCCUUUAUUCGGAAAAAAGGAUGCACAACGUAAAAAAGAAACUGCCAGUGUGGAAGAUAAAUAUGAAUUUAAAGAUCUGCUUGGGACAGGUGCUUUUUCCCAAGUGGUACUUGCUGAAAGCAAAGAUGAAAGCUCGAAAAUGUAUGCAAUAAAAUGUAUUGACAAAAAAGCACUUAAAGGAAAAGAAGAUUCUUUAGAAAAUGAAAUUAAAGUAUUGAGGAGGUUAAAGCACCCAAAUAUUGUGCAGCUUGUUGAAACUUUUGAAGACAAAAAUAAAGUUUAUCUUGUAAUGGAACUAGUAACUGGUGGAGAAUUAUUUGACCGGAUUGUUGAAAAAGGGAGUUACACUGAAAAGGAUGCUAGUCACCUUAUUCGUCAAAUUUUGGAGGCUGUAGAUUACAUGCAUUCUCAAGGUGUAGUUCACAGGGAUUUAAAGCCAGAAAAUUUGCUGUAUUAUAGUCCAGAUGAAGAUUCCAAGAUCAUGAUUAGUGAUUUCGGGCUCUCCAAAAUGGAAGAUUCAGGAAUUAUGGCAACAGCUUGUGGCACUCCUGGUUAUGUGGCUCCAGAAGUUCUUGCACAAAAACCAUAUGGUAAAGCUGUAGAUGUAUGGUCUAUUGGAGUUAUUGCUUACAUUUUACUUUGUGGUUAUCCUCCAUUUUAUGAUGAAAAUGAUGCAAACUUAUUUGCCCAAAUAUUAAAAGGUGACUUUGAAUUUGACUCUCCAUAUUGGGAUGAAAUAUCCGAUUCUGCAAAAGAUUUUAUUAGGCAUCUAAUUUGUGUAGAUAUGGACAAACGUUAUACAUGUAAACAAGCAUUAGCACACCCAUGGAUCAGUGGUAAUACUGCCAGUGACAAGAAUAUUCAAGCUAGUGUGAGUGAACAGCUGAAAAAGAAUUUUGCAAAGACAAAAUGGAGGCAAGCGUACAAUGCUACUGCUGUCAUUCGUCAGAUGAGAAAAUUAGCUAUGUCCAGUACAGGAAGCUCAAUGGACAGCAGCACAAACUUGCUUGGAACCUCUAGCCAGGGUUUAAAUUCUUCAGCUGGACAAACAUCUCUAGCAAACAAAACAUCUAGCAGCACACCAACACCCUCCAAUUAAGGUGUUAUGUAAAGAAGUGUAUUGUCGAACCAGUCAAGGACAUGAGUACGAAGCAGUGAUUCUACAUAAUUAUAGUGGAAGAAGAAUUGAGAUAUCUGCUGCAGAAUAUAGCAGAUAUUUUUGCUUCAAACUGCAUGACCUUGGUGUAAUUUACAUUGUAAUUUAAGAAACAUAUAUAUAUAUAUAUAUUGAAAAACACACUGUGCUAUGAGGCAACAGAAACAUAUUUCUCCCUCUGUUGAUGUACAUAUGAAGUAAUGCAAUACUAGAAUUAAAUGCCAAUUAUAUAUCUCUUAGAUUAUGCAUUUGUUUGUGGGCUAACAUAAAUCUUUGAGCAUAAUCAUCUGAAUAUUUUAGUUGGUUAAGAUUUAUAUCCUGUAUGGAUGGUGGACUUUUAAUUAUAACAUGCAUAAGACAAGAGCAUAGAACCAGUACUUGUUGGUCAACUGUUUGUUUAUUUUUGAUUUUAAUGAAGAAUUUGGCAAUUACAUAUCGAUUGCUUUCAUAUAACAGAAAUAAAAAUAUUUUAUAGGAAAUUUUUAUUUUUUAUAAUUGUAUUUCUGGCAUAAAAUUAUUUUUGCUCUAUGCUUUUGAAAGUGCGUAAAUAUAAGUUCAUAAGAAGUAAAAUGCGUUGUUUUUAUUGUAUCAAAAUUCUAAGGUGUUGAAAUUCAGCAUAUUGUGUUUAUAUAAGAAAAUUGGGGGUUAUACAAAAAUGGAAUUUUGAGCUUUGUUUUCUUAUAAUGGGAAGCAUAUGAGGGGAAUUGCUGUGGUUUAAAUUAUAAAAAAAUUAUGACUUUCCAAUAAUAAGAUUCUUCAUUGUUAUUUUUUCAAAUUUCAAGAAUUGUGGUAAUAUCCGGGUUUUUUUUUUUUUUUUUUUUUUUUUUUUAAUUAAUUCUCUGAAAGUUCAGUAGAUUAAAGUUAUUUUUCUUUUCUAUAUAUUGAUUUUGUUAUUACAAGUGAGCUGUUUACAUAUCACUGGUAAUUGUGCAAUAAAAUAAAAUAAAUUUACUUGUUCAUAGGGCAAGCUAAGUGUGUAGUUUUAUGGUGCUUCAUUUUUAAGAAUGUGAAGCUGUAGAUUUUUGAAAGAUGCUCAUAUAAAAAUUAUGAAAUUGGCCUGUAAAUGAGGAUACUGUAUUUUAUGAGUAAAGAAUGUUCUUAACUUCCUGAAUGAAAUUUUCUGCCAUUUUUAGAUUCUUACAUGUUUUUUUUUUUUUUUUCUCUCUUUUUUUCUCUUAGGAUAAAAUUUAUGGUCAACGUUACAUAUUUUAUUUUAAAUCAGUGAAUUUCUUCAUGUUUUUUGAUUGAAAAAUGCUGCUUUAUAAAUUUGUUCUUCCUUUUUUAGAAAAUUCUACUGAAGGAUCUAUAAUAAUGAGGAUGAAAUUAGAACUAAACAAUCUAUGAGCUUUUGUGAAAUAUUGGUCAUUGUUACCUUGUAAUGAAGUGUGCUCUGUUGUGUUAUCUUAUAGUAGCUAAGUAAUUGGAAUGAAAUAUAUUAAUCUUAUACCACUAGUAAUCAAACUGGUGCAUAAAUGAGUGAUGUAAAAUUGUGUAUGUGAUUUUAUAUUUAUGUAGCCUACAAACAACCAUAAAGUUUCUUGGGUUUCUAAAUGCAAAAACAAUAAGUAUGAAAUAAUUAGGGAAAAUAUUUCUCAUUUUCUCUAUAUGUUUAAAUUUUUAAUAUAUAUAUGCAUACAUACAGGCAAGUACAAUGCAUAUAAAUGUGUAUAAAUAUACCUAUACAUAAGAAGUUUAAUGCCAUUUACUGUUUGUAAAAUAUUCAGCUGGAAAUGUUUAUUUUAUUUUAAUGUUUAUUUUAAAUGCUGCACAAAUGUUUUUGAUGUACAUUAUAUCUGUGAUGUAAAGUGUGUUCAAGUGCCAUUUGCCACCCUGACUUAUUUUUAAGAGAGGUGGAUAUGAUUUUCUGACACUGUCUUGUUUUAUUUUUGAUUUCUUGGGGAUUUUUUUAGGUUUAUGAAAAAGUAUUUUUAUGAUUUUUGUUGUUUCUGUUGAAUUGUUGUAACUUCUCUCUCACAAUCAGUUUGAUCAUUCAAGUUUCUUGUGUUUCUGUGUUGAUUUUAAAGCAGAUAUUUCUCUGUUUCUUACAAUUGUUUACCUUAUAAAAAGGGGAAAGAGUCAUUGAAUCUUUGUUUAAAAAUUAGACUUUUUCUGAAUUCCUAUAAGGAUCUUAAUACUUUGCAUGCAGAUGCUAUUUUAUUUGUCAGAAAAAUCAUUCCUUUAUAAAAGAAAAUAUGACUAUUUUGAGAUUGGAGAAGUAUAAACUAUUCUUUUAAAGUGCUGCAAGAUUAUGAGAGAAGGUGUAAAAUAUGUAUGGAAUGUUACAUAUUGGAAUUUUAAUUGUAAAUUUUUAUUUAUUUGAUCACAAAAUAAGAAAUAGUUACUGCUAAAGAUAUUACUUCUUUAAUUUUUAAAAUUCAGUUUAUGUGUAUGGCAUUAGUAAAAAGUAGUAUUAUAAUCUAUACUUGUACAAUUUGAAAACGUGAAUUCUAUUUAUUUUCAAUAAAAAAGCAAGUUUAAUUAAAAAAAAUUUAUAUCAAAUAAAUAU